UAGUGUCAGUCCAAAUCACCAAGAGUAGGUGAAGUGGAGUUUCAGAACGACUUCAAUCCCACGGCCACAAUAAACAGUUCUGUUUAAAACAUGGAGGAGAAACAGACCAUCAAUUUCGGAGCGGGUCCAGCUAAACUUCCACAGUCGGUUUUACUUCAAGCACAGAAGGAGAUGCUGGAUUGCAGUGGCACUGGGAUAAGCAUUCUUGAAAUGAGCCACAGAUCGUCUGAUUUCUCCAAGAUUAUAAACACUACUGAAAACCUUCUCCGUGAGCUUCUGAAUGUACCUGAAAACUAUAAGAUACUGUUCCUGCAAGGCGGAGGCUCGGGACAGUUCAGUGGGGUUCCUCUGAAUCUGAUUGGUCUGAAGGAGGACAGGUCUGCUGAUUAUCUGGUCACUGGGACGUGGUCUGCAAAGGCAGCCAAAGAGGCAGAGAAAUAUGGAAAUGUGAACGUGAUUCAUCCAAAACUGGAUAGCUACACCAAAAUCCCAGACAGUAGCACUUGGUCGCUGAAUCCUUCAGCAUCUUACGUCUAUUACUGCUGCAAUGAGACGGUGCACGGCGUUGAGUUUAACUUCAUCCCGGACACUAAAGGAGUGCUUCUUGUCAGUGAUAUGUCAUCAAACUUCCUCUCCAGGCCAGUAGACGUGUCGAAGUUUGGUCUGAUAUUUGCCGGCGCACAGAAGAAUGUCGGGUGUGCUGGUGUGACGGUUGUCAUUGUCAGAGAGGACUUGAUGGGCAAGGCUUUGAACGAGUGCCCUAUUAUACUGGACUAUCAGGUGCAGGCUGGCAAUAACUCGCUCUACAACACUCCUCCAUGCUUCAGUAUUUACAUUAUGGGUUUGGUUCUGGAGUGGAUCAAGAACAACGGAGGGGCGGAUGCCAUGGAACGACUGAACAAACAGAAAUCCGACAUCGUCUAUGACAUUAUCAACUGCUCCAAUGGAUUUUACUCAUGCCCAGUUGACAUGGCGUGCCGAAGCCGCAUGAACAUUCCAUUCCGCAUCGGAAAGAAGGAAGGGGAUGAAAGUCUUGAAAAGGCAUUUCUUGAUGGUGCUUCUAAACUUGGCAUGAUCUCACUUAAAGGACACAGGUCUGUGGGUGGCAUCCGGGCUUCCCUGUACAAUGCAGUGACUGUUGAAGAUGUGAAGGCUCUUGGCGCCUAUAUGGAAGAAUUCCUGAAGAACCACCAGUAGCUUCUGAACCUUUUUUGCAAGUAGUAGUAUUUACUUGCAUUAAUAAGGGGUUUCUAUACCUUUAAACUGGAGUGACACUAAUGAAUUUGCAGCAUUUGCUGCAACAAGUUGUAGCUGAUAAAUGAACUAUAUAAAAAAAAAAAACACUAAUUCAUUUCAGUAGCAAAUGGUUGUCAUUGUCACAUAACUUUUUUUUUUAACAAACCACUUAAUUCAAAUUAUAGUGUGCCUUAAUACUUGGAAAAUUGUAUUUGAAUUAUUUUCCAACACAUUCCAUGUUUUACUAAUAUAAAUGUGUGUUAUUAGUAGCUGAAUGGACCGAAUACUGUGAUACAACUGAAAAUAAAAUAAAAAACUAUUAAAAAUCUACUAUAA